AUGUUCUCGACGCUCGCGCGAGGCUAUGGCGCGCUCCAGGCGUCGACCCAGCCCCAGUCGGCGACGAGCACCAUCGACCGCCUGUGCGACCGCCUCCUCAGCGGCGACGAGCGCGACGACCGCAAGGCCGCCUUGUUGGGGCUCAAGGGGCUCAGCAGGGACUGGAAGGCGGAGGUCGGCUCACGCGCUCUCCCCAUCCUGCUCGGCGUCCUCGAGGAGGACGCAGCCGAGGACACCGAGAUGGCCAAGGCCGUCGUCGAGACGCUCAGCCUCCUGUGCGAGGUCGAAGAGCACGACGGACGUCCUGUCCGCGACGACUCUGGCCUGCGCAACACCGACGUCUUCCUCGCCACGCCCUCGGCCCUCCACAACCUCCUCACCCUCCUCACGCCCUCGCACUUCUACCUCCGUUUCUUCUCGCUUCAACUUCUCGGCAUCCUGCUCGCCAACCGCCCGCAGCAGGUCCAGCAGUACGUCCUCACGGCCGCAGGCGGCAUCGGGCGGCUCGUCGAGACGCUCGACGACUCGCGCGAGAUCAUCCGCAACGAGUCGCUCCUCCUCCUCAUCGCCCUCACCACCCAGAACGCCGACAUCCAAAAGCUUCUCGCGUUCGAGGGCGCCUUCGACAAGCUGUUCAACAUCGUGCGGCAAGAAGGCGGCAUCGGCAGCGGCGGCAUCGUCGUGCAGGACUGCCUCGCCGCCAUCGGCGGACUCUUGCGCUGGAACGUGUCGAACCAGAACUACUUUCGCGAGACGUCGUGCAUCCCGAUCCUCGCGCCGCUCCUCCUGUUCCCGCGCCCGAACGCGCUCUCGGCCCAGUCGCUCGCCACCUUCGCGUUCCAGUCGUGGAGCGAGCAGAAGGUCAUCAACGCCGGCCUCGUCAUCUCGCUCGUGCGCAUGCUCGUCGGCGGCGCAGGCGGCAGCGGCCGCAGCCAGAACCAGGACGCGCUCCUCAAGACUGGGCUCACGCGGUGCCUGAUCGAGCUCGCGCUCGCGAGCAACGCGCCGGCCGUCCUCAAGUCGCAGUCGCUCAACGCCCUCGCCGACAUCAUGCGCUCGUCGCCUGACAACCAGACGCUCCUCACGUCGCUCAUCGUCACGCCCUUGAUCCCGCCUGUCACGCCGUCGUCGCCUGAGACGUACGUCGGCGAGGACGGCAUGGAGCACCCUCGCUCGUCCGUCGACCAGGACCGCGACGAGGACGACGACGAGCACGCGCAGCACCACCGCGCACCCCCGCCGACCAAGUGGCGCCGCGGCACGCCCGUGCCCGCUGUCGUCGCCGUCACGGCGCUCUCGGUCAACGGCGACGGCACGCCCGGGCGCGAGGGCCUGCGCGUGCGCGCCGCGGCCGCCAACCUGUUCACGAGCUACGUCGCCGGGUCCAACGACACGCAGCUCGGCAUCCUGUCGACCAUGAGCGCGCCGCAGCCCGACCACGGCGACGAGGGCGGCCAGUCGACGUCGAGCGCCGGCAGCAUCAUCCUGCACGCCCUGCGCGUCUUCCCCGCGCCGUCUGCCUCGAGGGGCGGCGGCGACCAGCUCGACAGCUACGUGCCGUUCUUCGCGGCGCUCCUCUUCUCGCACCUCAUCUGCCACAGCGAGGUGUGCAAGGAGGCGGCGCGGCGCAUCUACUUCCAGGGCGACGACACCGAGCCGGGCGGGGCGGGCGACCCGGACGAGCGCGCGAGCCUGGUCGGGAUCCUCGUCGGCAACCUCAUGAUGGCGCAGCGCGAGCAGGCGCACAGCGUCAACGCGGGCCUCGGGCCCGAGAGGGGGCUCGAGUGGAGCAGGGUCAUGGUCGGGUACCUGACGGCGCUCAGCGUGUGGCUGUGGGAGAGCCCGCACACGGUCAAGGAGUUCCUGAGCGAGGGGUCCAACCUCCAGGUCCUCAUCCAGCCUAUCACCCAGUCGUCGGGCGUCGACUCGAUCAUCCAGGGCCUGUGCACGUUCCUUCUCGGCAUCUGCUACGAGUUCAACCGCGAGCCUGGACCUAUCAGCCGCGACACGCUGCACCCGAUCCUCCAGUCGCGCGUCGGGCCCGACCAGUUCGUGUCGCGCAUCCUCCGCAUGCGCGAGGACCCUCGGUUUCGCAACGUCGGGCCCAACGCUCUCGAGCUCAUCGACGACGACGAGGCGCUCGCCGACGACCUCGGCGAGGAGGACGGCCUCUGGUUCGACUUUGCGUUCGUCGAGUUCCUCAAGACCAACUACGUCUCGGUACAGCGCGCCAUCCUCGUCGACCCGCACGCGACGUCCCUCACCGGUCGCUCGAUGGACGGCGUCUCGCCCGAGGUCCUCGCCGCCCUGCGCUCGUCGCUCGCGGCGCAGACCAAGGAGAUCGACGAGCUGCGCGAGCACGUGCACGCGCUCGAGGCGCACCGCGAGCAGGAGCGCGCCGCCGUCGAGCACGAGUUCAACUCGCUCAACGACACGAUCGUGUCGCUGCGCACGCAGCUCGCCGCGCUCCAGGACGAGAAGGACGACGACGACCGCGAGCAGGAGGACUUGCUCGUGCUCCUCGAGGAGUUGAGCGAGAAGCGCAGGAGGGACAAGCGGCGGUUGAGGAAGGCCGGGCUCGAGGUGUCCGAGGACGAGGAGGGCGCGGCAGACGGCGAGGAGGAGACCGGGAGCGAGGGCGAGCUGGAGGAGGAGCAGGCGCGGGCGCCGCAGCAGCCGCAGGAGCCGAGCGGCGCGACGAGCGCGCCCGACUUUGCGCCGGCGGUCGUCGACACGGCGCCGCUUGCAGCCUCUCCAGCCCCGCCGCCGACUACCUCGUACGACCCUGCACCCGUCCCGUCCGACUCAUCGCCAUCGCCAACCCCUUCCUCGCCGCCAGCCGCCGCCGAGGCCGCACCCCUUCCUCCCAUCUCGCCGCCUCUCGCCGCCGCUCCCGAGCUCGCGCCCGCUCUCGCCGCCGAGCCCAUCUUCCAGGACUACGAGCCGGCUCCGCAGCAGCGGCAGGACGCUGAGCCCGAGCAGCCGGAGCAGGCUGCGCCCGUCGAGAAGGAGAAGACGCCCGAGGCGCUCUCGUCCUCGGCGGCGAACGGCGUCUCGGCCGUCGAGUCGGUCGUCGCGCCCGUCGUCGCUCCUCUCGUCGAGCUCGCAUCUGAGCUCGUCGACGCCGUCAAGAGCGCUCCCGAGCCUGAGCCCGCAGCCGAGCCGGCACCGGCGUCCUCCGCUCCUCCGCCCGCGAGCGCCUUCACCGCCGCACCCCCUCCUCCUCGCGCCUCGCACUUCCCGACCACGUCUGCCGCGUCUUUCAACCGCGCCCAUGGCCUACCGCCCGCCGAGGCGAUCGAGCCCGUCGUCGAGGUCGACGAGCGCAACCCGGGCCCUCGCGCCGGCGUCCCGCCGCCGCCGAAAGCGCUCGGCGGCGCGCGCCCGCUCGUCAACUUGCGCGCCGGCAGGGCUGCCCCGGGCUCGCCCAGGAGGGCCGGCGCCGCGCCGCAGCGGGCCAAGGUCGAGCCGAUCGCCAACCCGUUCGGCCUGCCGGCUCCGCCGCAGCUCGUCGACGAGGACAAGCAGGACGGCGUCGAGGUCAAGGCCGACGACGAGGACGUAACGCUCGCGCCGCCGUCGUCGCCGCCCCCUGCGCCUGCCGCGACGGCCCAGCAGGACGUCGAGGCCGAGGAGAUGGACGAGGAGGUCGUCGACCUGGCGCAGCCGCCUUUCUCGGCCCCGACCGGGAGCCCGGCCGCGCCCAAUGCGCAGCAGGAGGCGCAGACGACCGGCGUGAGUGACAAGGCCGACCGCCGCACCUCGGUCGACGACCGCCUCGCCGCCGCAUUCGGCGGGUCGGGCGACUCGGCCUUCUCGUACUCGCCGCCGGGCUCAUUCGCGCCCGUCGCGCCCGCAUCGACGUCGGACUCGAAGGACGCCUCGUCGCUGUUCGGCUCGCCGAGGUCGAACGGCGGCGGUCACGACGCGGCGUCGCUCUUCAACAGCGCCUCGAGCGCAGGUGGCGCCGCAGCCUCGUCGCUCGCCUCGCUGUUCGGCGCCGGCGCCGCCGCGACGUCGUCCAACUUUGCGUCGCUCUUCGGCGGCGGCAGCCCCAAGUCGUCGUCGCGCCACUCGCCUGCGCCCGCGCCGCCGCGGUCGGCCUUCUCGCCGCCGCCUGCUCGCGAGGAGUCGGCCUCGCCCUUCCUGCCCAACCGUGCUGCGGCAGCGUCGCCUUUCGCGCCGGCGCCUCCUCCGCCGAGGCGAGAGCAGGCCGCGUCGCCUUUUGCGCCCGCACCUCCUCCGCCCAGGCGGGAGCAAGCCGCCUCGCCCUUUCCUCCUGCGCCGCCGCCGCCCAAGCGCGAGCAGGCUUCCUCCCCUUUCACCCCUGCUCCUCUACCGCCGAGGCGCGAGGCUGCGGCAUCGCCGUUCGCCCCUGCCCGUCAAGGCGCGGCCUCGCCGUUCCCCGCAAACGCGCUCGCGCCUCCUCCUCCCGCCUCCUCUCUCGCCGCCGUACCCGCCUCAGCGCCCACGCCUGCGCCCGAAGCAUCACUCGCGCCUGCGCAUGUACCUGCGCCGGCACCCGCACCCGCACCGGCGCCGCCUCGGCAGAACGCCCCGUCCCCCUUCGCCACGUCAUCAUCGUCGCAGCCGGCGAGGGACACCUCGUCGCUCUUCGGCGGCCCGCCGUCGAAGCAGGACGCCAUGGCCUUCUUCGCCGCGCCGCACCAGCAGCAGCACGCGGCGAGCGCAGCCGGUCAGGGCGCCCCGUCGUCGUCGUCGUCGUCGGCAGUGUCGUCGGCAGUGUCGUCGGCGCCGUUCGGCCUGCGCCCUGCUCCGGCGGGCACGUCGCCGUUCGGCGGGAGCAGCACGAGCGUCGGGAGCGGGGCCGACGAGGCGAACUCGCCGUUCGGACCGCCGGCGCAGCAGCAGAGGAGGGACGAGCCGCAUGCGUUCGCGGCGAGGGACGUGUCGUCGCUCUUUGGCUAGAGCUGCGGGGGUCUGUCUGCAAGGGAGCCUUCCGGUCAUGAUAC